CUUUCCAGAAGCUGGGCUUGUCCACCUCCUUGGGGUGGCCAGCCCUGCAUGGGUAUGUGGGAGGGCAGGCUGGGGCUCCUCCUCUCCCCUCCACAGGUCAUCAGGAAGGAGGGGGCAGCUCUCCCGGGAAGAGUAGCACAGAAGUGGCCUGGCUAUUCUUCCUUCCUGUGCCACCACUCAGUCUAGAGCCAGAAGCUGGAAGAGCUAGGAAGAACCUGUAUUCUACCAGGCCCUCCUCAUAGCUUUAGAGAAACUGCCACAAAGCUAAUCAUCAAAGCCCAGAAGGCAAGAGCAAACAUGCACCUCAGAAAACACAAGAUCACUAGAUAAAUAAUGACUUUCCAUGCAGUUCCAUAUCCAACAUAGCAACCGCUGGGACAAAGACCAUCUUGGAAAACACCAAACCUCAGAAAGGAUUCAUAAGACUGCCUGCCACCCCUUGGGAAAGAGACCUUGCAGGAUGCAAGCCUUCAGAAUCUGGGAUGUCAACCAGAAGACUUUCUACCUGAGGAAUAACCAAUUAGUUGCUGGAUACUUGCAAGGACCAAAUACUAAACUGGAAGAGAAGAUAGAUGUGGUGCCUGUUGAGCCUCAUUUUGUGUUCCUGGGGAUCCAUGGAGGGAAGCUGUGCCUGUCCUGUGUCAAGUCUGGUGAUGAGAUCAAGCUCCAGCUGGAGCCAGUUAACAUCACAGACCUGAGAAAGAACAGCGAGCAGGACAAGCGCUUCACCUUCAUCCGCUCCGACAGUGGCCCCACCACCAGCUUUGAGUCAGCCGCCUGUCCUGGCUGGUUCCUCUGCACUGCACUGGAGGCAGACCAGCCUGUCGGCCUCACCAACACGCCCAAAGCAGCCGUCAAGGUCACCAAGUUCUACUUCCAGCAGGACCAGUGAUGCUGCGCAGCCUCCCUGCCCUGUUCCCCAGGUCCUUGACCCAGAACUCUCAGGAGGGGAUACAAGGCCCUGGGAAGGACUCUGACUUCAGCCUCCUCCACUCACCCAGCCUCCAUGCUGCCUCCACAGAGGUCUAUCUAAAGUACAAAUGGAACCACAGCCCUGCUCAGAGCCCCCAGUGUCUCCUGUGCCUUCAUGGUAAAGCCCAGGCCCCGUGGCCAGCCUGGACCCCCUCUGCUAUCCUCUCCCCAGCCCUUCCUCCUCCCUCACUCCACCUUCCAGGCUCCAGAUCCCUCAGGCUGACCUGCCCCCAAGGAGCUACCAUUCCUCCUCAUGCAAACCAUGCUGCUUCAUUGGCAAGAUUUUUAGGGUCUGUGGCAAAAUGGAAGAUAAGGAUUUCCUAAUAUUUUUUUAAUUAAUCCAACUUUAAAAUAGAGUUCUUUAUUUGGAGAUGAUGUCCUUUCUGGAAGAGGGUGAUAGAUUAAGAUAUUCCUGAGUUUAGAAAAUGAUAGUAACAGGAAGAGGUAGCUUUCCCUUUUUUCUGGCUUAUUUUGUGAUGCCCUAAUCUGCAAAAAUGAAAAGUUGGAGGACUUUAGGUUGAUCUCCUGUUUUGUUGGUUUUUUUUUUUCUUUCUGAAAUGUUGCUGGAAGUCUAGACUUCCUUGCCCGGGCCGUGAGCAUCUUCUCCACUCCAGACUUCUUGUAGCUGCCAGUAGUGCUGUCCUCUCCCCCACUCUUCCAUCCAGAGACCCCCAGCUCCCAAGGCACAGCACCAAUGUGGCUUCUCCUGACCUCCUGGGAGGAAAGAAUCAUUCCUUGACCAUUUUAGCAUUUCUAGCACUCUGAGACUUGUCUGGAAAGUGUCAUGCCUCUAUCUCUCCCCAUCUUCCUGCAAGCCCCUAAGAGCAGGGAGUGUGACUUAUGACCCCACGCCCACCCCCCAUGUCUCAGGUCCCCACAGGGCCAUGCACUUGGCAUGGCCCUCAGCAGGUGCUCAGUGAACAUAUGUUGUAUAUGUCGAGUGGAAAGUUUCCCACUCCCUGUGACUUAAGCUCUAUUUUACAAUAAAACCUUGAAAACUCA